AUGAGACCUGUGGCAUUAAUUGUAGGGUUUAAGACAUUGUGGGUUUUGGCAUUUUCGUCUCUUUCCAACACUCUGGCGGUGAAUAACAGUGGGAGAUGGUGGGGCAUCAUCAACGUGGCCUCUUCCACCAACCUGCUGACGGACUCCAGGAACGUGCAGCUGGUGCUGGACCCCAGCCUGCAGCUGCUGAGCCGCAAGCAGCGGAAGCUGAUCCGGCAGAACCCCGGCAUCCUGCACAGCGUCAGCAGCGGCCUGCAGAGCGCCAUCAAGGAGUGCAAGUGGCAGUUCCGCAACCGUCGCUGGAACUGCCCCACCACCCCGGGGCCCCACAUCUUCGGCAAGAUCGUCAACCGGGGCUGUCGGGAGACGGCGUUCAUCUUCGCCAUCACCAGCGCCGGCGUCACCCACUCCGUGGCCCGGUCCUGCUCCGAGGGCUCCAUCGAGUCCUGCACAUGUGACUAUCGGCGCCGCGGCCCGGGGGGCCCCGACUGGCACUGGGGGGGCUGCAGCGACAACGUCGACUUCGGCCGGGUCUUCGGGCGCGAGUUCGUGGAUUCCAACGAGAAGGGGCGGGACCUGCGCUUCCUGAUGAACCUGCACAACAAUGAGGCGGGACGGAUGACGGUCUUCUCGGAGAUGCGGCAGGAGUGCAAGUGCCACGGCAUGUCGGGCUCCUGCACCGUCAAGACCUGUUGGAUGCGGCUCCCGACCUUCCGCACGGUGGGCGACUUCCUCAAGGACCGGUUCGACGGCGCCUCCCGCGUCAUCUACGGCAACAAGGGCAGCAACCGGGCCUCACGCGUGGAGGGGCCCCAUCUGGAGCCCGAGAACCCGGCCCACAAGCCCCCCUCCCCGCACGACCUCGUCUACUUCGAGAAGUCGCCCAACUUCUGCACCUACAGCGGCAAGACGGGCAUGGCGGGCACGGCCGGGCGCUUCUGCAACAGCUCCUCCCCCGCCCUGGACGGCUGCGAGCUGCUGUGCUGCGGGCGGGGCUACCGCACGCGGACCCAGCGCGUCACCGAGCGCUGCAACUGCACCUUCCACUGGUGCUGCCACGUCAGCUGCUUGAACUGCACCAACACACAAGUGUUGCACGAGUGCUUGUGA